AUGAGAAGUGGGGAUAAAACUCCAUAGGAAUGACGAAGGAGCUUCUCUUCUUCUUCUUCUUCUUCCUCUAGAUCGCGCUCUUGGGCGCGAUAAUAUUUUAGGUUUCUUUGAGGCGAGCGCGCGGCGCUGGGCGGGGCGCGCUGGCUAUGGCGGAAGAUUUCUUCUUCUCCGCCUUCGUCGUGCUGUGUGUGUGCAUGUAUAGGGCGGCGGCGCCGGAAUAGGAAAGGGGGCUUAAAAGCAGGGGCGGACGAGCUCUAAAAAGCGCUAGAAGCUCGAAGUGGAAGCCGGAAGUGGAAGCCCGGACGUGGGAGCCGCGACGCAGUAAGCAUUGCCUCGCCAAGGAUCUCCCUCCCUAUCUCUCUUUCCCACCCGCGGCGCCGAGAUUUCUUCUUUCCAAUGGGCCGCGGGAAAAUCGAGAUCAAGCGGAUAGAGAAUGCCACGAAUCGGCAGGUUACCUUCUCCAAGCGCCGCGGUGGCCUGCUCAAGAAGGCGCACGAGCUGUCGGUGCUGUGCGAUGCCCAGAUUGCGCUCAUCAUCUUCUCCAGCACCGGCAAGCUCUUUGAGUACUCCUCCAGCAGCACCAGGAAUGGUCUUUGCUGCGGGAAAAUCUGGAUAAGCAUGAAGGAGAUACUGGAUCGCUAUGGGAGGUACCCCGAGGGAAACCAUAACACCAGUAUCGUCGAUCACGAUAAUGAGCGCUGGGGUCGAGAGCUCAUUCGUCUCAAGCAACAAAUAGAACAGCUGCAGCAGACUCACCGCCACAUGGUUGGCGAGGAUCUCAUACACUUAGGCAUCAAGGAUCUACAGCAGCUAGAGCACCGACUGCUGAGUGGACUUGAACGUAUCCGCGCUAGAAAGGAUCAGCUCAUUGCCGAACAGCUCGACGAGCUCCGUAGGAAGGAGCUUCAUCUGCAGAGAGAAAAUGACCAUCUGAGGCGGAAGCUCAAUGGCAUCCACAGCGUAAUUGAUAGUGGUGGAAAGCCGUUGGCUACCCUCAACGUGGUAGCAACUCCACUGGAGACAAGGGAACCUCCGUCUGUAACUUUGCCAUUCUCGAUUCAUGGCCAGUUAGCUCCAUUGCCAGCGUUUGUGGAACACCACCCACAGAUGCUGCAGACAUCACUGCACUUGGGGAUGUAUGAACCGUUCCCACCCACGGCUAGAAGGUCUUCGAACAGCUCAAGCGAUGAAGGCCACAGCCAUCGCUCGACUUGAACGACUUAGAGAUUUUUCGGGCUCGCAGGGGUGGUGGAAUGAUCUGGGAAUUGGAAAGCCGUGAAAUUGAUUCGAGAAUUGGAGAAGUGACAACUACUUACUUAGCACCGGGGCUCAAAGUUUUUUCGUUCCGGUGAUUGUUCUAGAGGCCAGCAACAGUGACCAAGUCGAGAUGGAAAUUUUCGAGACGACGCUCUCGACUGGAAAAGAGGCUGCCGGUUUGUAUUAUCUAUAUAUCUACUUUACGUUAAUUUAAAAGGCAUUAUGCCAACGGUUAGGAUCGUGCCACUUGUCGCACAUCCGACCGGUCA